CUCCCUCUCUUUUAUUUCUCCAGAAAUCUCUACAUAUAAAAACCCCACCCCACUUCCCGAGACAGUUUUCAAUCUUCAACCUUCGACCCCAUCUGAACGUCGUCGUUCCGAUCCCCCAUCGGGCCGUUUAUAUUUAACCGCUUUACUUUUUCUGAAGCUUUAAGUCCUUUAAGAUGGCAGAUAAUGAGGAGAGAGAGGAAAGCACUGUGCGGGGUAAGAUGGCAGAUAACGAGGAGGGGGAGGAAAGUACUGCUCGUGGGAAUGGAUGGGAAGUUGUACAACUUACAGCAUCUACGUAUGCUGCUGCUCCUGGUCCAGGAGGAAUUGAGUUGAGCAAUGAGGAUCAGAGUGAUACCUAUGGUGAGCAUGCUGAAUCUUCUCGUGCUCUUUUCAUGUCUGGUCACUUUGCUUUUCCACCCAGUCAGCAUGAGAAUUUGCCGUUGGAGUCCGAUAGAAGUGAAAUUCAUAAUGAACAUUUGGACAGUGAUGUCUUAGCUGAGAUAGGUAUUGAAGAAGGAGGUAGGUCAAGUGGAAAGGAGGAAGAAACUUUGACUUUGAAAGGGUUGAAUGUGCCAGAUGAGUUUGCAGGAAAACAGUCUGUAUAUGAUAAGGAUAACAUGCAAUUGAUUGGUGAUACAGAGUUUGAAGAAGGUUUAAUUUUGGCUCACAAAGAUCAGAUUAUAAUCGAUGCUGCUACAUAUCAUUUUGACGGUGAAACAGAUCUUGGCAGCUUAACUCAUUUUGGUGAGAGUCCCACUAUUCCUGGACUCGAGGAACCUUCAGAACAAGGUUUAGGUUUCUCUGAGGACAUCAUGCAAUCCCCAAGGUCUCAGAAAGAUGAUAAACUUGAUGUUUCUCGCCUGCCCUGUGGAGCUUGGUGGAAAAGAAGAGCUGCUUCCUUGUAUUCUCAUGCAAAAGAAGCAAAUGCAGUUUGGUCUAUUUUCGUAGCAGCAGCUGUGAUGGGGCUUGUGUUACUUGGGCAGCGGUGGCAAAAUGAAAGGUGGCUGGCUCUACAGCAAAAAUGGCUGUUGAGCGUCAAUGAUCAGAAAACAGGAAGGAUGAUUGGUCCCAUAUCCCGUCUUAAAGACGUUAUAGUGAGCAGCCACCGCCGAGGAUCCUUUAUCGGGAGCGGCUCCUCAAGCGAGGCUUAAGAUGAUGACGAAAAAUACCAUGGGUGAAGAGAGAAGUGAUGGAGUUGGAGAUGCAGAUGAGGGUUACAUAUUAGUUUGUUUCCGAUGUGGUUGAUAUAUAUUCCUUUUAUGGAUAGUUUUACUUGGCUACAUGCUAAAAGUUUGAUAUAACCGUCGUAUGAUCUUUUUCGAUCACCAUGAAGUUGCCGCUGUACAGAGCUCUUACUUGUUACGAUUUCUAUGAUUACGUUUUUUUGUGUUGUGGCUGGAGUUCUGCUUGUGAUUGUUGUGAAGAUAGAAGUACAUUUUGUUGAAUUUCCAGAAUUUGUAAACCGGAAUACGGAGUGAAUUUUAUCAUGGUAAAGCUCUAUUUGCACUCA